AUGGACGACGACGAGUUUGAGCUGAUCUGCUCGCUGGACGCGUACCCCGAUGCCGCGGGGCCGCAGCUCUCCGUGUCCGAGGAAACGUUCUCGAUCAUCAAGCGCCAGGUGCUGCACCACCAGUUCCGCUCUGAGCUGCGUCUGCACCGGCAGGAAAAGACGUUGAAAAAGUAUGUGGCACGUCAAAGCGAUGGCGAGUCCAUGCAUCAAAUUGCCAAGUCCGUAGGCUUCUCCCUGUGUAUGAUGGCGCGCCUGCUGCUGGAUGCCAAGUACGGAUGGAGUAAGACCACGAUCUCCAAUUUGUUUAAAGAAGCCAUGAAGGAGGAGAGCGAACUGGAGACGGAUACGCCCAAUCGUCGUGGUCUCUCGGACGAAGAGUACGCCCGAGUCAUACGAGAGAUCCGUGAAUGCAUUAACCAGGACGAGAUCGGCUCGCCACUAGCGGACCGUAUCCGCCACAACAUGGGCGUCGAGCAUGAAUAUUUGUUGCUGGAGACACUACGUAACCGACAGUUAGUGUUUGAAAGCGAAGAUAUGCUUCGUGAAAAAGGAUUAUCCAAGACACCCGAUGUGAGGUUGUUGUUGCCGAUCGGAGUCAAGGACCCGAGGACCGGACAGCUGCAUGUAGUCAAUUGGAUCGACAGUAAGGCCAUGUUUGGAGACAGACACACACACGAAACGGAGAAUGCAAGUCAGGGUAUGUGA